CUGACUUUGGGGCGGGGCAAGGAGCCAGAAACCCGGAAUUGGUCUUAGGAGUUUGCUCUGGUCUAGUUUUCCGGCGCUUUAGGCUUCCUGUGUCCCAGACCCGGCUUCAGGCCUCGAUGACCUUCCCCUCCCGGACCCUCACGAUGGCGAGAGCCUGGGUCUGCUUGGCAGGCGCCGUCUUCUUCCUUUCCUGCCUGGUUUUGCAUUCGCGCUUCUGUGGCUCUCUGGUUUCAAGGACAUUUUCUUUUCACAUUUCCUGGAGAAUGGAGGACCCUCUUUUCCGGCUGGAUUUGGGUUGGCCCAAGAAUUCAGAAUACUUCACUGGUGCAACAUUUUGUGUUGCAGUUGACUCCCUCAACGGGUUAGUUUACGUAGCUCAAAGAGGGGAUCACAUCCCCAAGGUAUUAGUGUUCUCAGAGGAUGGAUAUUUCCUACGAGCCUGGAAUUAUACAGUUGACACACCCCAUGGUAUGUUUGUCUCCAGCACGUCAUAUGAACAGUCCGUCUGGAUCACAGAUGUAGGAAGUGGACCCUAUGGCCAUACUGUUAAAAAAUAUAAUUCCCUGGGUGAUCUUGUUCAAGUCUUGGGAACUCCAGGCAAGAAGGGCACUGGCUUGAACCCAUUGCAGUUUGACAACCCUGCAGAAUUAUAUGUAGAUGACACAGGAGAGAUUUACAUUGUGGAUGGAGAUGGGGGACUGAAUAACAGACUGGUCAAACUAUCCCAAGGUUUCAUGAUCCUCUGGCUGCGUGGAGAGAAUGGAACAGGACCUGCCAAGUUCAACAUACCUCAUAGCGUUACACUUGACUCAGUUGGUCGGGUGUGGGUUGCUGACCGAGGAAAUAAAAGGCUUCAAGUAUUUGAUAAAGUCACUGGAGAGUGGUUAGGAGCAUGGGACAACUGUUUCACAGAGGAGGGGCCUUCUGCUGUGAGGUUCACCCCAGAUGGGAAGUACUUGAUUGUGGCCCAGCUGAACCUCAGUAGGCUGUCAGUGUUGGUUGCCCCACCCUCUGGAAGCAUCGGGGACUGCUCUGUGGUCAGCACAAUCCAGCUCGCAGAUCGGGUUCUGCCACAUCUUUUAGAAGUUGACAGAAGGACCGGAGCUGUCUAUGUAGCAGAAAUUGGGGCAAAACAAAUACAAAAAUACAUCCCAUGGCACAGCCGCACCCCUGCUUUCAGAGCCUAGUGCUUCUGGCUGGAAGGAACUUCAAGUAGCAGUUCAGAACCUCAGGGUCAUUUUUACCUCUUCUUCUACCAGAAAAGUGUGUUGUUAUGUCAUAAAGAGUCAUGUUUUCUUACGGUUUUGGGACUUGGUUUUACAACUAAGUGUGUAAGAAUUAUUUUCUUUCUGGUGGCCCUGGGAAUUGAACUCAUCCCUUCCUACAUGCUAGGCAGCUGCCUUAGCAGGGAGCUACAGCUUCAUGUAAGCAGCUUUUAAAGAAAGAAAUGCAAUUCUAAAAUGGGGUCAUGAGGGCGA